UAAUUAGGGCGUACGAGUGUGUGUUUUGAUAAUUAAACCAACGAAUUAAUUUUGUUUUGGUAUACAUCAAGUUUGAGCGUUGCGUCAUUUUACAACACGAGAUUCGCGGUGUUUACGUACGUUUAGAUGCUGGCGUGUUGGGCGUGCGGCACUACGACGAACGCCAGAGAGGACGCUUGGUCGCUGCCCGUGCUCUAUUGUCCCCCGUGCUACAACCACUUCUGGGAUCUCGCGGUCGAAGCCGACAACAAGAUCGAACGAAAACCCGUGCCACGCCCGAGAACGAGAAUGUCGACGCGGAAGCCAAUGAUCGACGACGAAGGACCGACUCUCGGAGCGAGCUCACCCAAGCCCGCGAAGCGUCGGAAGCGAGUCACCUUUGUCGAGCCGAGUAGUUCCUCCGAGCCUAAGUUGGAUGUCGAACACAUAAGAAAAAUCGCCGUGCAACUGGAUCAGUUGACGAGGACGGCCUAUAGCUACAGAUUCAAACUUCAACGUAGGUACCGAAAGCUGCUGAAACUCCAAGAACGGGGCAGAGCUUCCGACGCUUCGUCGUUUCUCGCCCUCGAUAUGUUGAUGGCGAAGAAUAAGCACGGUAUGAAGUUGAUCGAAGAUUCGUUCAAGGUGACGCAGGAACUCCUCGAUAGGGUCGAAAGAGGCAGGGCGACCAUCUACGAUUACGGCAUCAUGAAAAAAGAAUUGGUGAAAAUAAAAUAUGACUUGCUGGAGACGCAGCGUCUCGUAAAUGAGGUAAAGCAGUUUAGCGAGGAGAUGGAAGCAGAGACACCGACGACAAAAGCAAAAGUCAAGGAGCAGGCCAAAGCCACGACCGAAAGGACUGUGACUCCGGAUCUCUGUCCGGAGGAUCCACCAGAGAUGAAAAGGGAGCACGAAACUUCCACCGCGGCGGAGAAGAAGAAACAGCUCGUGGAAUCCCACCGUGAAAUCCUGAAAAAAUUGAAACAUUUGAGCGCAUUGAACAAGGAGAGAGAGGAACUGGAGAUGCAGAUACAAUUGCGCGACCUCUUCCGAUUGAUCGACGAAAACCAGAGUGUCUUGGAGCAGUUCAUGGACGCGGAAGAUUUCCAGCGUUUGGAGAAGAAAUGGCUGGAAAAAUUCAGAAAGAUUUGCGCUGCCAACGACUUGGGAGUACCGAGCCGCUGGGGUGACGAGGGGACGGAGGAGGAUAUCGCGAGGAGAGCGUGGCAAAAACAGACGGAGAAAUUUUUAGAAAACGUCGAAAGAUCGAAGUACAGCACCAGCAGCGACAGCAGCGACAGCAGUAAAAAGUCCCUUGGCGAUGUGAGAGAGGAGGAACGGGUACACCGAUCGGUCCAGGACGACAAAGGCAUCAGCCAAGAGGAGAAGAUCGAGAGAAUGGAGAGAGACUUGGAGACGGCGGAGCAGCUCAUGAGGAUCUUGAGAGAACUCGAGAAGCUCGACGUCGCCAACAGCACCGAGAGAAACGACGAAAUUUUGAGAGAGACGCGGCGGAGACUCGCAGCGAAGGACUUGAUCGAACGCCUAGAGGGCAUGAAAAUCGACGAAGAUCGGACCUGUAGUAGCAGUUACCAGAUGCCCGAGACGCCCGAGAGCCUCUGUCAAAGCGACGAUUCCUGCGGCAACGACAAGGAACGACCGUCAUCGGCGGAGCCCGAGAGAUCAAGCGAUUCUCUCGCGAAUCUCUCGGUACUCGUGGGCCGCAUCGGGCAGGAGAACAUCGCGAUGGACAGGAUCGAGUCGCGCAUGGGAUAUUAUUAAUAACUCUUUAAUCGAUUUUAGCUGUGUAAUUUAAUUCUAAGUUUUUUAUGUAAAUAAAUGUUCGUUUCGUACUUGAAUAAA